UUGUUGAUGAAGAAUUGACAUUUGAAAUUGUCAUGUUAGUCAGGCUCAGUUUCUGUUCCCACCUUACAGUCAAGCUGGGGUACGCAGAUUUGCUUGCUAUCUGUAGUUUUUGCCUGACACUGAAGGUUAUCUCACAGGUUAAUUAUUUUUUUAGGUUGAAGAAGAAAAGGAAAGUAUCAACUUCCUCCUCCUCUUCUUCUUCUUCAUCCUCCUCCUCCUCAUCAUCAUCAAGCGAUUCAUCAUCAGAUGUAUCAGCUUCUUCUUCCUCCUCUUCCUCUGAUCACAAGAAACGUAGGAAAAAGCGUCGGCAUAGAUCUGAGUCUGCUCACAGCUCCAAAAAAAGCUCAUCUAGAGCUUCUUCCCAUUAUAAAGAUCAGAAUAGGAAAGAGGAGUGGUAUUCCCCUCCAGCUGAUACCUCUGCUUCCUUUCUUAACCAAAGUUUUGAAGUGGAAAAGCUGCUGGAAAGGCAGGACAGCGUAGCGUGCCCAAAAAUGGAGGUAAAAGAGAAAGACAGACACUGUUCUUUUUCGAGGACUUCAGGUGAUGAUGAAGACACUUUUGGAGGUAGGUCUGAAGAUUCAAGAGAUUCUUACAGUAGCUCCAGAAGUCAGCCAAGUCAUAGCAAAACUGAAAAAUACAGUAAACCAGAGAGAUACUUCUCCAGUUGGAGGGGUCCUUCAGGUUCGUAUCAUAAAUCAGAUUACAAACCCAGGAUGCAUUAUUACAGGAGAUUUGAAAGGGAUGGGGAGUGGAGAAGGGAGCAGUUCAAGAGACAUGGCUCAGGUCAAGACAGGUAUUACAUGUCCCCAGGGUCUGACUAUUCUGGCAGGUCAUGGGGGAAGUACAGGUCAUAUUCUAGCAGCUGCUCACAUGAAGGUGACAAAGAUUAUGAUAGUGACAGGCAGCAUAAAAAUGAAAGUGAGUCUAAGAAUAGAAAAAUAAGUUAUGAAGACACUGAUAAAACAAAGGAAGCAGAUGAAGAAGUGUCAUUAAAUGGUACAGAACAAGCAGAAAGUGGUGUUAAAAGAAACCUGCCUCAGAACUUGGUUAACAUAUUCAAUCAGAUAGCUGAGUUUGAGAGGGAAAAAGGAAGUAAGCAGAAGAAACAGUGAAGUAUCUGAGAAUACACUACUUGGAUGAGUGUAGUUACGUGAAUUUUAACGUAGUAUCUUGAGGAAACACAGUGAGAGGCAGAAUUUUUUCUGCAUUUCAGAUGUCAAAGAAUUCUAAAAGAUCAUAUGGUGGAAAAAGAUGGAAGAAUAUCAUACAUAAAAUAUCAGUUAUUUUAAAGACAAGUUUCCUGUGGUCUUAAUUUGAGGUGUUCCUGUACAAUGUUCUGUCUGAUGGGCUGAAAUCCCUUGAUACCCCUGGGUGUAGUUAGCUGUGCUCACAUCAAAUAUGCACUUUAACAACAGCUGGGCUUGGUUUUCCUUGUCCCUGGGGUACUAUUGACUGUUGAUAUUCUUCUAUCAAACUUAACUUCCAGCUAUAGAAAAGGGAUAACACAAUGAAGUCAUGUGCCAUCAAUGUAUAUAGCCCAUUUGAUCAUUAAAUUUUCUUAAUUUUUAA